UGACUGCGGCAUCCUACCAGCAGUGUGGAGAGAGGUGGCGUAGUGGCAACAGGCAUGGACCUCCCUCCAGCCCGCCUCACCCUCCCCUCCUCCAACCUCUCCUCCGUCACCUCCUCCUCCUCCUCCUCCUCCUCCUCCUACUCCUUCUCUUGCUCCUACUCCCCUCUGCUGCUUUUUCACCACCACAACCACUACCACCAGCACAACACAAGAGCUACUAUCCUUGUUACUACCACCACUACCACAAGCAUUUGUAUCCAGACCCGCCUCCACCACCACCACACCACCACCACCGCAGCCACCCACCUGCCACGCCGCUACGAUGACCGAUGCUUCAGUGAUCAGAUACCACGCUCUAAGGGUGAUGGUCGGAUGGCGGCGCAGCGCUCUGGUGCGCGGCAGCUUCGUGCUCAACGUGGUGUUCGCGCUGUACGUGGCGGUGCACGUGGUGGCUCCCCCUCGCCUGCUGGCCCCUCGUGCCGCGCUCACGCUUCUUCACGACAACCUCACCGCCUCCCCGGAGCCUGCAGAUUACUCUGCUGAGGGUGACCUCACCCCAGACGACCCCUCCGAGUCCCCGGCGCCGCCCACGCCCGCACCUACCCUACAGGAGAAGGUGUACCCUGACCUUCACACCUGUCACACGCCCACGCUGACGGCGCGCCCAGCUCUGCACGGCAACCAUUGGGUGUUGUACAACUACGUGCCGGCCGACACCCAGCCUGCCUGCAACGAGUCCGUCACGUACACCACCCACGCAGACUUCACCUUCCUGGACAACGUGGUGCCCCUGGUGGAGCGAUGGCGGGGCCCCGUCAGCGCCGCCGUCUUUGCUCCCGGAGGGGAUUUCAACUCCACGCUGCGCACUGUGGCCUUUCUGCGCACGUGCCGCCCCAUGGUAGCCAAGCACGUCACCUUCCACCUGUUCUUCCCGUCUGAUCAUAUGCCCACGCACGUGCCGCCCACUGCCCACCUCCUCGCCCAGCGACCCUCGUGCUCGGCACCACCGCCCUUCCUGGCCGCCCACACCUACAAGCGCGCCCACAACCUCACAUACCCUGUUAACAUCGCGCGUAACAUCGCGCGGCGGGCAGCGGCCACCUACUUUGUGCUAGCGAGUGACGUGGAGCUGUACCCCUCGCUUAACUUUAUUCCUUUCUUCAUGGACAUGAUGGGGCGUCAGGACGCCUCUCGCGCUCCCGCUCCGACUCGUCGAGUGUACGUCCUGCCCAUCUUCGAGGUCAAAAGUGGGCUGCGGCCCCCGGCCACGCGAGCAGCGCUGGUGCGGAUGCUUAAGCGAGGGUCGGCCAUUCCUUUCCAUAAAUUCGUGUGUCCUCAGUGUCAUAAGGUGCCGGGAAUGAAGGAGUGGGCUGAAUCAAACGCCACCGACAGUGUGAACGUGGUGAUGGUGGCCAAAAGACAUCCGCCCUACCACCACUGGGAACCCAUAUACGUGGGCACUCACCUGGAGCCACUUUACGAUGAGCGGCUCACCUGGGAGGGACGCUCCGACAAGAUGACGCAGAUGUACGUGAUGUGUGUGCUGGACUACGAGUUUCACGUGCUAGACAAUGCCUUCCUCGUUCACCGGCCGGGCAUCAAGAGGCACCGGAGAGACCGCCAUCGAGACCUGCUCACCGCCCGCCAAAACACCCUCCUGCACAGCAAGAUCACCCCGGAGCUCCACACCAUCUACGGCAGAAGGGGCUUAUGCUAUUUGUAGCUGCCACAGAACUGGAGUGGGUAGCGAAGACGACCCCUGCCUUCCCUCCCUCCUCCUCAGCGACCUUCCGAUGCCGGCCUUUCCUUCCUACGACCCUUUGUUAACAGUACGACCCUUGUCAUCCCCCUCCCUAUGACCCUAUGACCUUCACCAACGAAUGAUUCACCUCGUCACCAUUAUGAACGAUUCAGUCACCUCAUCAUAUACCAUCAAUUACUCCAGUCAUUUCAUUGUACGCCAGGAACGACCACAGUCACGUCGUUGCUCUCGCUAACGACAUCAUUCAUCUCAUUAUACCCCAAGAACGACCCCACUUACAUCAUUGUAUGCCAUUGACAACCCCACUCGCUUCAUAUUGUUACGAAAAUUACCACAACCACCUCAUUAUAUCUCACUGACCACCCCACUCACUCAUUGUACCCGUCAGCGACCGUACGUAUCGUCACUCACAUUCACAAGCCUUACGAACGACCUAUCACUCCUUACAAACGACUCAAACAACGACCUAUCCAUUUCCAUGACCUUUAACGUGACUAAUUUCGUACGACUUCACUCCCCCCACGACUACUUCAACGAGUGAUCAUCCAGCCACCACGACCCUUCAGAACGACCCCACUUUCUCCACGAACGACUACCAGCGGCAUGUCCACAGUGACCUCAGAAGACAGACGAAAGUGAAGGUCGACCUCAGCUUCAUGCAGUCUCGUCUCAAGUGUCGAAGUUUCUGCUCCUCGACAGUCCUAGUGUCAGGAGGCGACGUGAGGCUGUGGAGAGGUGGUGGUCGUGGUGGUCGUGGUGUCAGGGAGUGUCAGGGAGUGCUGUGAAAAAAAAAAAAAAAAAAUGAACUACUUGUUAAAUCAGUUUUGUUUGUUAUGUGUGUGUGUGUGUGUGUGUGUGUGUGUGUGUGUGUGUGUGUGUGUGUGUGUGUGUGUGUGUGUUUGUGUGUUUGUGUUAAGAAUCAGGUACUACCGCCGAACAAAGGCUUCUCGGUCGGCACUAGGUGGAAGGGGAAGGGGAGGGAGAAGGAAGACAGUGAAGAAGCAAUGGCAGAUGAUGAUGAUAAUAAGAAGCCAGCGAGCCGCCGAUAUACCCUAGCGGUGGGUCGCGUCCAGAGACUCGCGGGUUCCGAGGCUCGAGGUCUUGUAUCAUGUCUUUCAAUACAGUUAACGAAAAAUAAGUAAACAAAUGAAUAAAGUAAAAAAUAAAUAAACAAAUAAAUAAUGAUAAUACUGAUGUUAAUAGAACACGCAAGUACUUUUUCCAAGAACUCGUCGAUUUACUGUUUACCGUUGUUAUGAGUCUGCCUGGAGGACUGGAGGGGCGGGAGGCACGGCACCAGCUGCGGUGGCUGGUGGGCAGCGGCGGGGCCUCCGUGGCGGGGCGUGUCCACGGACGAGCCAAGCCCCUGCGAGGCGGAGCUCCCGCAACCUCGGAGGGAGGUCUUGUUGAACAUUAUCACGUUUUGCUCUUGAAACUCUUGUGAACUCUACUCUCUAGUUGGACGUUUAAGGAGAAUUACUAAUCCUCUCUGAACUUUUCACGAAUUUAUCCCUUGUAGUCAAGCAUUUAAGGCCAAUUCAACUUUCAAGUAGAAAAUGUCUACCUAACAUUUUCUCAAUAUAUCCUUCCAAGAAUUUGGUUAACAUAUUCCAAUGGUGCAUACAUUCCUUUUAUUUGAGAGCAAAAAGACUCACUGCACGACUCAACGUUUGAAUCCCAAAGUGAACUAAACACUCCUUGUCGCCGCGGCUCAAUUGACGUCCCGUGUCUCAAGAAACAGCUACACAGCGGUCUGGUGGCGGCCAGGGAAGGGGCGGCCGCGACCUGGCGCCUGCUGUGGGCCACAACCCUCCCCUGGCCCGUGUGGAAAGGAAAUGCUGAAAAAAAGUAAAUAAAAUGAAAAACCUAAUUUCCAUUUUGCCCCUUUGCCAUCAGCUUUCCAUUCACUCCAGCAUUAUCCCUCCUCUUGUUGUUUACAUGAAGCUGAUCGUGCACCUUUUUAUUCAGCGUCAUAGAAAACUUAGAAUGUGGUUGCUUUGUCACAAGUGAUUUUUAUAAGUGACGAAAGCAUCUCAUGAAGCUUAGGUUCCGUGUACCGUGUAGCUUAGCUGGAUGCCAUUAUAGGUGCUUUCUGUAGGACGGAACGAGGAUGCGUGGGGAAAGCUCACGACAAUGGCUGGUCCAGAUGCAAAAGAUAAUAGAUACCGUAAGUCUGUCACUGUCUGGCGUCGAAUGUCUGAUUUUUUUUCUUUUUUUUUUUCAUGUUAUAGAUCAUCAGAAUGUGACCUUUUUUCCAGUUAGUACUAGAGACAAGUGAUGUGGUGUGUAAUUAAGUAGGUGAGCAGAUGCGUAGAUGACGGGGAAGAACUAGGAAGACUUGUAGACUAUGUGUUGUAUUGUAAGGAAAAAAAAUAAUGAGAAGCUAGUUUUUUAUGACUGCGUUUGAAAAUUCUACUGAGGAAAACUAGUGUGCAGGAGGUGGCGUGCUGCGGUGGGUGUGAGGAAUACAAUAAUUACUCUAGGACGACUUGUGUAUAAUGAGGAAGUAAUUGUGAAGCUCGGCAGAAGCGCUACAUGUGCUACAAAUUAUACCCACUGAAAAAAAAGCUCAUUCGUAACUAUUAUGCAAGCGAUUAUUCAUAUCUGUGUUACGUACGUACAUUCGUUACUGACACGUGCUACUAAUAUAUAUAUAUAUAUAUAUAUAUAUAUAUAUAUAUAUAUAUAUAUAUAUAUAUAUAUAUAUAUAUAUAUAUAUAUAUAUAUAUAUAUAUAUAUAUAUAUAUAUAUAUAUAUAUAUAUAUAUAUAUAUAUAUAUAUAUAUAUAUAUAUAUAUAUAUAUAUGCAUUCUUGGUCUGCUACUACUACUACUACUACUACUACUAUUACUACUACUGCUACUCUCUCUCUCUCUCUCUCUCUCUCUCUCUCUCUCUCUCUCUCUCUCUCUGGUACAUUAAACUCUGGUGUCAGCUUAAGUGAAAAGAAAACACACACUGGAAUAGAAUACACGUGACUCAGCUAUGAAGGAUCAGCGUUGCAUUACGAGCCAUCGCCGGCACUCGUAGUCAUGAGGAGUGACUGUACAACAUCUGAAGUGGGAGCUUUUGUGGUGAAAGGAAAAUGUGGUUCGAUUCUCAUUUGUUCACCUCCAUAAUGAAUCAAUGGUGCCUCACUCUCGGGUAAAUUUGUUGAUGAAAUUAUGUAACUAACCUGUAAAAAGAUCUUUGUUGACGUUGUUGAAGAAAGAUCUUGUUGGACUGUCGGCGAGGGGCGGCGGUCACGCUGCUCGUAAGGGACGCAAACCUCUACUGCAAACGAAACACCAUCGGCAUUAUCACCUUAAAGAAAAACCAUGCUUACUAUCAAACUCACUGCUCCUAGCGGGGAUGUAGUUUUCUUUCCAAAAACUGUAAUUCGAAGGUUGAUGCUAAAUUACCACUGUUUCCCCAAGCAGUGCCAGCCUGGCCGCAGUGUCGCCGCCACUCCUCUGCCGUCGAUCCACCUGUUGUUACCGGAUUCCCCUGUUACCCCUUGCGACUGAUCUGUUUAGGGAGGGACCGUAAAUAUGUCUGAUAAUCUGCUUUAUCCAGUUCUAUGAGUUGGCUGGAGGCACACCCGAGUUGGUGGUGUUGGACAAUGUUCUAGCGUGUUCCCAAACCUAGUGUUUGUGUCAGCUGAAAAAAAAAAAAAAUAGUGAAGACACCCACACUUAGAAGUUUAUUCAAGCUUAUAUGACUGUAAAAUGCCCAAUAGUUUGUUUACAUCGUUCACUUAAAAUAUCUACUCUAUCAAUAUUCAAUAGUUAGGCAUAUCAAAGCAUGUUUUUGUCGGGAGGAAAGCCGAAAAAAUAUAGAUUUUAGCCAUAGUGAGUUUAUUUUCAAAUUUUUGGUACAAUAAGGGGUCUCGUGAGUGUUCGGGGACUGACGAGCUCAAGGUGUGAGGGAAGCGGGUGAGGGGAUCGGGUCGGCUGCCAGUCCCCGUCCCGCUGAGGUGAGGCGCGGCGGCGGGGUUGCGGCCCUCUAGGCGGAGGUGCCUAGUCGGCCUCGCCACGCCCGCCGUUCUGGCCCAGUUAUCAACAUAUCCUGGUGGUGGUGUGAGGCAGGGAGUGCAGUGCGCGUGUCAGGCACAGGGUGACUGGCAGCCGAUCCAGUGUUAUGGAUGACUGUCGCCUUUACUGAGUGCUCAACUCCACCCACCAAAAUUGGUUCCUAGUCCCUGCUAGCAGCCCACUCCACCCACACCCACACACCCAUUAUCACCCUCACGCCCAUAUCACGCCCAUGCCUGUGGCGAACCCGCCUUCAUGCACUGACAUGUAAUUGAUUAGGCUCAAAGUGUAUGACUGUUCUGUAUAUUUACUCCGCUGUACGGAAGCCCACAGGAGCACCAUUUUGGUUGUGUCUGACAGAGGUGCUCCAGCAGCACUGCCUCUGAAGGGGACAAGUAUUGACAGGGGCGGGGGUGGAGAGCCCCGGUACACUGACUUCUGCUGGUAUUCAGCGGCGCCGGCUACACCAGGGUUGUGGGUCAGCUGUCAGGUGUUGAAUACGCUGGCGUGGAGGCGUGCAUCACCCCGUCACCGCCAGCACCGAGGAGCGGGCUGGUGUCUCGCUGGGCUCGGGUUGUCGAUGGCACGCCCGGGACAACGAUGGCAAAGCAAGGGUCGGGCAGCACGGGGGGAGUCCUGACGGGGGUGAUGGGUCUCGCCAGUGCAGCUUCUAGGCUCUCACUGGCAUGCUGUGACUGCUGCUCCACGGUGGUGUGCGUAGUAAACAAGCUAGACAGCUGUGUCAGGGACGCUAUGCUAAGAUUAUUAGGAUCGCCGUUUGUAACAUAAAAUUAAGACUCGUGUGCUAGGAAUGCCGCACGUAGGAAUUACUGCCUGGACUCUGUGCUAGGGAUGUUGUGUGUAGCGAGUACUGCUAGACUAUCGCUGUCUGGGGCACUACAUCGAGCAAUAAUCUUAGCAUAAGCCUCUGUAGAAGUCUUGGCCUGAAAUAAACACUAGUUUUGUAA